CAAACAAUGUCGACACUCUGUUUUCACAUAUUCCUUCAUCGCCAAUUCGACACGGAACUCCAUGAAGGUUCUCAAAUGCUACAGUGCUCGCGUGUGCGCAGUACAAGUAUCUCUCCACCCAUUUUACGGGUCGAUCACAUCUCCGAGGUCUUCUUUUUGGUGCAUAGAUUCGAUAUUCGCUUGCAUUGGAAGCCUCCCUUUAUCGAAUAAACUACUCUCUCUGGGCUUUCCCUUCCGCUUCCCAUGUUAUCCAUUGAGGAUCUCUGGCCGCUGUUUAUCUUUGAAGAUUUCAGAACAAAAGCUCGGGUUUUCUCAGACUCAAUCUACAAGACAAUCUCGGAAUCAAUGUCCAACGCGAGCUGCGGAGGGACCGACUUAGAGAACUGCCGAGACGAGACGGCCGCGCUCGACCUCAAACUCGUCGCCAUCGCGUCAAUCCUCAUGGCCGGAGUGGUUGGAAUCGCCAUCCCCCUCGUCGGAAAGAACCGCCGCUUCCUCCGUACCGACAGCAACAUCUUCUUCGCCGCCAAGGCUUUCGCCGCCGGCGUUAUCCUCGCUACCGGUUUCGUCCACAUGCUCCCGGACGGGUCGAGCGCCCUCUCGGAUCCUUGUCUGCCCGAGUUCCCGUGGUCCAAGUUCCCCUUCGCCGGGUUCUUCGCCAUGAUGGCCUCGCUCUUGACCCUCCUUGUUGACUUCGUGGGGACCCAGUAUUACGAGCGCAAACAGGGCCUGACCCGGGCGAGCGAGGAGAGGGCCCGGGUCGGUUCUGCUGAAGCGGGCCUGGAUUCGGGGAUUUCGCCGGUUGCGGAGGAUAAGGAGCGGAAUGGGAAGGUGUUUGGAGAAGAGGAGGGCGGUGGAAUGCACAUUGUUGGGAUGCAUGCGCACGCGGCGCACCAUAGACAUAGUCACCCGCACGGCCAGGACGCAUGUGAGGGGAACAUGAGAGAUGACUCUCAUGGGCAUGGGCAUGGGCACGGGCAUGGGCACGGGCAUUCUCACGGGUUUGAAGAUGAUGAUGGCGAGGAUAGCGGCGUUCGGCACGUCGUCGUUUCGCAGAUAUUGGAGCUGGGGAUUGUAUCACAUUCAGUUAUAAUCGGGCUAUCACUAGGAGUAUCACAAAGCCCAUGUACUAUAAGACCCUUAAUAGCAGCGUUAUCAUUCCAUCAAUUCUUUGAAGGAUUUGCCCUUGGAGGCUGCAUCUCACAAGCCCAGUUCAAAAACCUAUCAGCAACAAUGAUGGCAUGCUUUUUUGCCAUAACAACUCCAGCAGGGAUUGGCGUUGGGAUAGGCAUUUCUUCCUUCUACAACCCCAACAGUCCAGGUGCUCUGGCUACUGAAGGCAUCUUGGAUUCCAUCUCUGCUGGAAUUUUGGUCUACAUGGCUUUGGUGGACCUAAUUGCUGCUGAUUUUCUGAGUAAGAGGAUGAGCUGCAACUUUAGACUACAAGUUGUUUCUUAUUUCAUGCUCUUCCUUGGUGCUGGACUCAUGUCUUCACUAGCAAUCUGGGCUUGAUUCUUCAUGUGCCUAUUAUUGAACUUUGCCUUUCUCUGUGUCUUUUCUUUUUCUUUGGGGGCAAGGCAAUGCUCCAAAAAUUCUUUCUUCUUGGUUUCUUUUGGGAGGGAGAGGGAAGGUGGAAAACAAAAGAAAUGAGAUAUAUCAUUGGGUAAUUGGUAUAAAUAUACCAACGCAGCGGAAUAAAAUUACGGUACCUCUUAUGUACCAAAACAAGAUGUGGCUCAGUGGCUGAGUUGUUCCACGUUCUUUUUUUUAAAAAAAUCUUGAGCAUCAAGCUUUAUCUUCUUUUUAUUUUUAUUUUCUCUUCUCUUAACAAUGCUCACAAUGUAAGAGCACUCAAGAGAAAAACACAGAGCACACUUGAAAAAGUUCAUUGGCCUUUUCA